AUUGUCACGAACCAAAACAAGCACAUGUACCAAAUUUUCCGAAAUAGUUUUUAAUUGUUUUAUCGAGUUUAUCUACAGUACCUAAUUGGUGUAAAAUUUGUUGAAAUAGUUUAGCUUUCAACUCGAGUUAGUUGUACAAAGUGCAAAAUGUUGACGAAAAGAUUGUUAGGCCACGCUUGCCGACGAUCGCUGUCCACCCUGGUUGCCCCGGAAGUCGGUGUUCCGGCCACUGACAAAGCCAGCGAAAUCCUCAAACAUCCCGACUACUUUGGCGUGCACCGGUUGUUUACGGUGGAGGAUCUCUUCAAGGCCAACGUGCACCUCGGCCACAAGGAGGGCACACUGCACGACAACAUGAAGGGCUAUCUGUACGGGAGCCGGCUCGGCCACUGCGUUAUCGAUUUGGACAAAACGGCCGAAUAUCUGCGGCAUGCGUUGAACGUGACGGCUCACAUCGCCUACCGGGGCGGGAUUAUUCUGUUCUUCAACCGAACCGCCCAGAACGGACACAUUGUGGAGAAGACGGCGAUGGAGUGCGGGGAGUACUCGCACACGCGCUUCUGGCGCGGGGGUGUUUUCACCAACGCGAACGUCCAGUUUGGAGCCGUCACGAGGCUGCCGGAUUUGUGCAUUUUCCUGAACACGUUGAGCAACGUGCUGACGCAGCAUUCGGCGGUGAAGGAUUGUGCCAAGAUGGCCAUUCCGACGGUCGGGGUUGUGGAUACCAACUGCAAUCCAAAUUUGAUCACCUAUCCGGUUCCUGGAAACGACGACACUCCGGCGGCGAUCGCGCUGUACUGCAAGCUGUUUAAGAGUGCGAUUCUGCUGGGGAAGGCAAAGAUGAAGGAGGAUGCACAGGAGAACCAAUAAAGGCUUGUUUCUGCGAUUAGUGCUAGUAAA